AUGGCCUCCCGUCGCCUCGACAUCUCCUCCCUCCUGUGCGACGACCCACAGCCCCCCGCCUUCUCCCCCCUCGAGGCCCUUGUCCACGCCGCAACAGAGGAGCGCCGCCGCCUCGAUGAGCCCCACCCCCCAUUCCCCCACCACUCCCCGUAUCCCCACCGCUCACCUCCGGAGCGCCCCUUUGUUGACGGCCAGCACAUCGCCCGCAGCCCCGUCCUAGCGCGCCCCCCGUAUCCAGACCAGCUCACCAGCACCUACCUCCAGCGCCAACACCCCGUCCUCCCCCACCAGGACCUCCACCAGCAGCGCAUACAACAUCACCGCGCACAGGAGCUCGAGCACCGCGCCUACGAGGCAGACCGUCGCCGCCGCGCAGAGGAUGCAGAUCUCCACCGGAGACUCGAGGAGCAGCACGAGUUUCAACGCCAGCAGGAACUCGAACGCCUCCGCAUACAGGAGGAACGCCGUCUCCGCGAAGAGGAGCGCCAGCGGGCACUUGAGCAGUUCGAGCUCCAGCAGCGCAGAGAGGCCGAGCGUGUCCAAGCAGAACGCCAGCAGCAGCAGCAGCGCGAGUACCAACAGCGGCUUCGCGAAGAACAACAACGUCAGCGGGAACGUGAGGAGCUCCGCCGCGAAGCCGAACGCCAACGUCUCCUUGAACUCCAACGCGAGGAGCAGCGCCAAAUCGAGCGUGCAAAGGAGACUGAGCGUCAGAGGGAGCUGGAUCGCCAGCGGGAGCUGUUCGAACGCCAGCAGCGGGAGCUUCAUGACCGCCAACAACGGGAGGCUACGGAACGCCAGCAGCGGGAAUUUGAACGCCAACAGGAACUCCGGCGUCGUCAGCAGCUCCUCCAGCAGGAGGUCCUUGGUCAUCGUCCCAACAAUCCCCAUGGUUCGCCGUCCACCGCCCCCAGCUCACACCCUGUCUCCAUUUCCCAGCUCAUAUCACACCCACCCCACCGCAGCCCCGAUCUCCCUCAGAUAACGCAUUCCACCAGUCCGAUCUCCCCAGAUCCUCCUCCUAUUUCAAUUCCACCUCCGCCCCAUGAUGAUUCCCGCCCUAUCAAGAAGCGUCGCUACUCCGAAUCCCCAACUCGGCCUAUUCCGGAUGAUAAGGAGCACAUUGCACGCGAAAGGGAAAAGAUGUUUGUCGGCGAGUUAGGUUAUGGCAGGGUUGAUUCUCCCGUCGUCGCUGGCCCUUCUUCAGCCCCACGGCGCCCAGGGUCCGGGCAUGGCCAGGGAAGGAAAGCCGUCGCUGUUUCCGACCUUCUUGCGGACAAGGAGCGCGCUCCUGUACCAACACGUCCCGACUCGCGCGGCCGCGAUGUUCAUCAUUUGGUCAGUCCUUUGGGACGCCGUUCACCCCCCGGUAGCCAGAUCGGUCGAGCUAAAGCUGCCCGCAAGUCCGAUGAACACAUGUCACGAGAGCCACCUCCACCACCAAAGGAGCCUAUCCACCCUGCCAUCGAAUUGGAUGCAAAGAAACCUAAGGUCAUGCAGGAGCCGAAACCGUCACGCUCACGAACCACUUCAGACGAUACCCAACCACCAAACGAAGAACCGUGGCCACCAAAGAAACCUGUCAAAGAACCCGCUUCGCCACCGCCCAAGGUCCAACCUCCUCCUGCCAAAGUCCAACCAGACGAUGCCCACGAAUGGUUUUUGCACCAAUAUGAUGAAGAACCUUCACCGACUACAUCAUCCCGUCCGGAGCCGCCCCAUACCCCUUCUCCGUCUGUCAGUCCCGUCGCACCCGCGGCUCCGGCCUAUGCACUCAAGAGCCCCGUUACCACACACAAAGUACUUACUCCUAUCACUGCCGCAGUGGCCCUGGAGCAAGAGCUGGAGGAUCUUGUUUCAGACACCAUCCCGACAUCCGUUCCCAGCGCAACAUCAGCGACCUCGAAUAUCAUGGUCAAAAAGCAGGAGCCGGACGAUAUGGACCUCGAUUUGGUUGUAGAGGAGCUGGUAGGGACGUUGGAGAACGACGAUGAGAAACAUGUGGGCAUGGAAGUGGAUGUCGAGGAUGAGCUCCUGAGCCUCGUUGAUGAUCGCCCGCCACCAUCAUCGAGUUCGGCGCGCAGGCUGUCGGGCCCUGCGUCUGGUUCGCACGGGUCUGGCUUGGGUUUAGGUUCGGCCCCACAUGGCGUUGCCAACACCAACAUGAAGCAACCAGCGCCGCCUCCGCUCCGAUCCGUCGGUGACGCCUCUCAUUCUUCUUCCCCUACAAUGUCCGCGUCAUUGGGCGCGACGCUACCUUCCACCGUGGUCGUGCGCCAGUCAUCGGCGCGUCCCACCCCAGACAGGGGCUCAAUGCCACCUCCAGCCACCACCGUCGGGGCAUCCAAGAAGGCUACUGAGAGGGCAGGCAGCGUCGUUCCGUCCGCCUCUGGGACGAAGAAGAAAAAGGAGACAGCGGCAAAGGCUUCAAAAGCAAAAGCCGCCUCUACCACUCCUGCCUCUACAUCUACUACACCUGCACCUCCCGCUGGAGCCUCCACCGCCAUCAAAUCGAAGGCGAAGCCAGCCGCGAAAAAUAAGAAAACUGCUGGUACAGACACCACAUCGGUCGCCGGUGUAGCCACACCACCUCCCAGGGCCACAAAAGCUCCAGGCGGUAGGAAAAAUGCCCAGUCCACUUCGCGAUCGCGGUCGACGUCCGUCAUGCCUGGAGGAAGUACGUCGGUUGGCCCGGAGAAUGAAGCCGUCAAGGCGGAGAAGCAGGAGGAAGAGGAGGAUUCCGACGCGGCGGACGACGACGACAAGUUGUACUGCGUCUGCAAAACCAAGUAUGACGAGGAUCGGUUCAUGAUCGCCUGCGACCGUUGCGAUGACUGGUAUCAUACUCAGUGCGUCAAUAUGCCAGAUUUAGAGGUCGAUCUGGUUGAUCAGUUUAUUUGUCCACCGUGUAUUGAGAAAAAUUCGCAUCUCAACCUUCGGACAACGUACAAGCAACGAUGCUUGUACGGUCUCCGACACCCAGACCCUUCGUCUCCCAAAGCAUGCCACAAAGCUGCUCGAGGCGCCUUUUCGAAGUAUUGCUCAGAUGAAUGCGGGAUAAAAUAUAUGCAGUCUCGCAUAGACUCCUGGGCAAAGAAAGGCGGCAAGACAGAGAAGCUAUGGGAGAGCGUCAAGCAUGCAGAGAAACGCGAGGGCGUGGUCGUUUGCGCCGCCGAGCCAGAGACAAACGGAUGCACGAAGAUGGAGGCCGAUGUCAAGCAGGAGACGGAUGUCAAGCCCGCCAAGCAUCGGAUCGUGCCGCCUUCAAAAUCCAAAGCCGAGCGCGAGAGGGAAAGGCUUAAUGGCCUUCUCGAGUCUGUCGUCCGGCUUAGAGAGGAGGUCAAGCGCGGCAUGGAAGUCAUCGUGUGGCGCGAGCGUCUCCUGCAGCUUGCAACGGAACGAGCGGUCAACGUCGGUCAGUGCGGCUGGGACCAACGGCUUUGCUUCGACGACGACGAAUGGGUGGAUGUAGGUGCUGCUGUGUUUGAGAGUUACGAAGAGAUGAAGAACGAGCGCACGAAGGAGGAGAAUGGCGAGGGAGACAUGGAGGUGGAUGGCACGGAGGAGCAGUGGUGGUGUCCUGGGCAGAAGGUCUGCGAGCGUCAUGCCGGCUGGCAGACAGUUCGCCACAAGGACGUUUGUAAGGAGAAGGAGAAGAAGGAAGAGGCGCUUGCCAAACUCACGACACGCGAGCGCGAAAUCCGGAAACGCAUCGAAGACAUGCUCGACCCGCAGGGCAAGAGUACUUCCACCUCAACGACGACCAAGGAGACAACCUCCAACCCUCUUAAAACUGCCAACACCAAAGUCGUUAAUGGACACACCAAGUCCAAGUCUACGGCGGUGGUAGCAGAAAAGAAGGGCAAGAAACGAAAGGCACCUAGUGCAUGA